AUGACAUCAACCAUUCCGGACGAUUUUGUCAGUUUUAUUGUGCCUGUUAUUCAAGAAUUUGAUGGAGUUGUUCAACAAGUUCGGCACCGUCAAUUGGCACUUGGAAACUGUCUUACAGCAAUGAAUGAUGAAUUAGCCACUUUGUAUAAACAAUGUCCAGGUGAUCGAGAAAUCGAAGAGUAUGUCAGAAGAAUCUAUGCACUAAGACAACGGAUGACUGAAGCAAACAUACAUGUUAAAAUUAUCGAAGUAUGA